GCGCGAGGGUAGCCGACAGCGAGCGGCGGCCGGGUGUGCCAGCCUCCUGCGGGUGUCGUCGCGUGCGAAGAAGAAAUGAUGUAAUACAUUCAUUACCCAACUUCCAGUGAGGCUGAGAAGAGGGCAGGAGGACAUGGCCUGGCCACGGGCUCUCCAGAGAGGGGCUUUGCUUACCCGAUUCAGCCACCACCAUGUUGUUGUGUUCCUGCUCACUUUCUUCAGUUAUUCAUUGCUCCAUGCUUCAAGAAAAACAUUUAGCAAUGUCAAGGUCAGUGUCUCCAAGCAGUGGACCCCAAGUGCUUAUAACACAUCAGUUGAACUACCUGUAGAGAUUUGGAGCACCAACCAUUUGUUUCCCAAUACAGAGGAAGCCACUCUUUUCCUCGGAACGCUGGAUACUAUUUUCCUCUUUUCUUAUGCCGUGGGCCUCUUCAUCAGUGGCAUCAUUGGGGAUCGGCUGAAUUUACGAUGGGUUCUAUCUUUUGGCAUGUGCUUGUCUGCAUUAGUGGUGUUUGUGUUUGGCACCCUCACAGAAUGGCUGCACUUCUACAACAAAUGGUUCUACUGCUGCCUGUGGAUUGUGAACGGCCUGCUGCAGUCCACGGGCUGGCCCUGUGUGGUGGCUGUGAUGGGCAACUGGUUUGGCAAAGCUGGCCGGGGUGUCGUUUUUGGUCUCUGGAGUGCCUGUGCCUCAGUGGGCAAUAUUUUGGGAGCAUGCCUAGCAUCGUCUGUUCUGCAGUAUGGAUAUGAGUACGCCUUUCUGGUGACCGCGUCUGUGCAGUUCGCUGGUGGGAUCGCCAUCUUCUUUGGACUCCUAGUGUCACCAGAGGAAAUUGGUCUCACGGGUCUGGAGGCAGAAGGAAACUUCGAAGAUUCACACAGGCCACUAAUCAAUGAUGCUGAGAAUGAAGAUGAAUAUGAGCCAAAUUACUCAGUCCAGGAGGACAACCCUGUUACCCAAGUGAAGGCAAUAGGCUUUCACCAGGCUUGCUGCCUUCCUGGAGUCAUACCGUACUCAUUAGCCUACGCUUGCCUGAAGCUGGUGAAUUACUCCUUCUUCUUCUGGCUGCCCUUUUAUCUGAGUAACAACUUCAGAUGGAAAGAAGCGGAGGCUGACCAGUUGUCAAUCUGGUAUGAUGUUGGCGGAAUCAUAGGAGGAACUCUUCAAGGCUUCAUCUCUGAUGUGCUGCAGAGGAGAGCACCCGUGCUGGCCCUCAGCCUGCUCCUGGCCAUCGGGUCCCUGGUUGGGUAUAGCCGGUCUCCGAAUGAUAAGUCCAUCAACGCACUUCUGAUGACCGUCACAGGGUUUUUUAUCGGUGGACCUUCUAACAUGAUUAGCUCAGCCAUUUCUGCAGACCUAGGUCGCCAGGAGCUGAUUCAAGGGAGCAGCGAGGCAUUGGCCACGGUCACGGGGAUUGUGGAUGGGACGGGGAGCAUUGGAGCCGCUGUGGGCCAGUAUUUGGUGUCUUUGAUCCAGGACAACCUAGGAUGGAUGUGGGUUUUCUACUUUUUCAUUCUCAUGACAAGUUGUACAAUUCUGUUUAUCUCGCCAUUAAUAGCUAGAGAGAUGUCCUCUCUGGUGCAGAGGGGACGAGCUCACAUGCUGAGCGAGUGACUGGUGCCCGCCCAGAGGAAGCGGCGAGGACCACGGUGACGCGUGCGUGCCUUCACAAGGACUGCUCAUUAGGUCUUUAGCUCCCUGUCUGAGGAUUCAGGGCACCCGCAGGAGCCGGCUUUCUGCAGCCUCGCCAGCUGCCCGAGACGCCUCCGGUAGAGGAGGCCGUGCUAUUUUUCUACACUACAGGAAUGAUUGGUGAUUUCUUUUUACUGUUGUUCUGUGAAUGUACUGAAUGGCGUAUGGACCCGCAGGCAGCCUUUGAUCGCCUGGUGAGGUUUAUCCCUCUUGCCUUAGAUACUGUGUCGGCCUGGGACCAUGUUCUCCAGCCUUACGCGUUGCGUGGACGGCAGGCAGAGCCAGGAGGAGGGAAAGGAUCCAUUGCGUUUUGCUUUGGUGACCAUGCCGAGAGUGGGGUCGCUUUGGAAUAGCGAAGAACACCUGCUGGAGGGGCUACAAGCUGGUCACUAG